AUGGUAUCCUCAUCGGAGAUGGAACACGACACGCGAUGUCUCGAGCCUGCGAAUGUGACACCCCGCACACCUUCUGUUACAGAGAGCCGGGAAGAUCUCACUCCACGUCCGAUCAAAUCAAACAAAUGGAACGACCCGAGAUCAAAUAUCAUUCGUGUGCUGACCACGUUCUGGGUAUUCUUUGUCAUGGGGGCUAACGAUGCGGCGUACGGCGCUAUAUUACCUUAUCUCGAGGAAUACUACAACAUCCCGUAUAUGGUCGUGUCCUUGGUAUUCCUCUCACCAUUAGUGGGCUACGUCCUGGCGGCAUUGGUCAACAACCAGCUGCAUAUGGUCCUGGGACAGCGAGGAGUGGCUCUCAUUGCACCAGCCUGCCAUCUCAUUGCGUAUAUCAUCAGUUGCAUCCAUCCCCCAUACCCCGUGUUAGUUGUGGCGUACAUCUUUGCGGGGAUUGCAAAUGGACUUCACGAGGCGGCGUGGAAUACCUACAUAGGGAGUUUGGAAAACCCCAACGAGCUUUUAGGCCUACUUCAUGGGGUUUACGGCCUUGGUGCGGUGAUCAGCCCGUUAGUGGCUACAAACAUGAUUACCAAAGCAAAAGUGCCAUGGUAUUAUUUUUAUUUCUUCAUGAUCGGUAUAUCUGUUGUCGAGGCUGUGGCAUGCCCGGUGGUUUUCUGGCAAUUCACAGGGGCCGCCUUUCGACAAUCUCAUGAACAAUCUCACGGGGAUACGGGUGAACAGGGCAAGAAUGGGCUUCGGGAUGCCCUUUUCACCCGUCCCGCUGCACGCGUGUCCUGGCUCUCUUCCUUUGUCCUACUGUUUUAUGUGGGAGUGGAGGUGACGAUCGGCGGUUGGAUCGUUACAAUCAUGAUGGAAGUGCGGCACGCAGAGCCAUUCCCCAGCGGCAUGACAGCGACUGGGUUUUGGCUAGGAAUAACGGCAGGACGAAUGGUAUUAGGGUUUGUUACAGCGCGACUGGGCGAGAAAUUAGCCACAACUAUCUACAUUGCUUGUGCAAUAGCGUGUGCGUUGGUUGUAUGGUUGGUUUCCAAUUUUUAUGUCUCUGCGGUAGUGGUGUCAAUCCAGGGUUUCUUCCUCGGUCCACUAUUUCCCUGCGUGGUCGCGGUCAUAACCAAGCUUCUCCCCAAGAAUCUCCAUGUCGCGGCGAUUGGCUUCGUGGCGGCGUUCGGAGGGGCUGGCGCAGCAGUCAUUCCAUUUGUGGCCGGCGCAAUUGCACAGGGAAGUGGAGUUAAGUCCCUCUUGCCGUUCGUCGUGGGCGUUUCGGCGGGCAUAUUACUGCUUUGGCUGGGCUUACCACCACUGAGAAAGAGUGGAGCCCAGCAAUAG